GUAGCAAUUCUGUUCUUUCGAAGAAAAUAUACAAAACGUACAGCAGCUUGAUAAUUCAAGUCGGCUUGAACUCAAAGCUCAAAGUUCAAUAUACAAUUAUCCGGUUAUUCUUUGAAAGUUUUCCAUUCGAAUAACCAGUGAUUUUCUAUAGAAUCAAGACGCUAUAUUAUAACGAGGAAUAUUAAAUAUCGGGAUUAAACAUCAAAACGUGAAAAGUAAAAACAAAAUCCACACAAAUUUAAUCGAAUUCCGCGCCGAUCAUCAUCUCCUGGGUGAUAGAGUGUCACGUGACUCGAAAUUAGCCGAACGAAACGAAGGUACCGAGGUUAUAAAUAGCGGUCACUACAGAGUGGGGAGUCUCUUUUACUUUCUACACUGUACAAUAGUGCAUUUGCUCCGCGCUUGUCUGACUAUUACGUUUUGUGCUGUGCUGGUGUAAGGUUCGCUCGUGCGAAACCAAAGUAGGAUAUAAAGUUCGGACUAAACUUUCUCAUUUUCUCUAAGUAUUAGCGACAUCGAACGAGCUGAACGUGUCAAUAAAAUUGCAACACGUGGCCAAAGUAUUGGAACGCAGACAAAAGAAACCGAAGUCUAUAUCCACGAUCACGAAAAGAAAGAAAAUGCCGGAGACCGCUCAUCACAUGAACGGAUAUGCUAACGGGCAUACACCACCCGAGCUACAACAGGAAGGUAGUUUUCUCUUCACUUCGGAGUCCGUUGGUGAAGGCCAUCCAGAUAAAAUGUGUGAUCAAAUAAGUGAUGCUAUUUUAGAUGCACAUUUAAAGCAAGAUCCGAAUGCAAAAGUGGCUUGUGAGACUGUGACAAAAACAGGGAUGGUUUUAUUAUGUGGAGAAAUUACAUCAAAAGCUGUGGUAGAUUAUCAAAAAAUUGUUCGGGAUACUGUUAAACACAUUGGAUAUGAUGAUUCUUCAAAAGGUUUUGACUUCAAGCUCUGCAGUGUUUUAUUGGCGCUUGAUGCUCAAUCACCAAAUAUUGCAGCAGGAGUUCAUGAAAACCGUAGUGAUGAAGAAGUUGGCGCAGGAGAUCAGGGUCUGAUGUUUGGAUAUGCAACAGAUGAAACCGAUGAAUGUAUGCCAUUAACUGUUGUCCUGGCACAUAAAUUAAAUCAGAAAAUUGCAGAAUUAAGGCGAAGCGGAGAAUUAUGGUGGGCAAGACCAGAUUCAAAAACACAAGUCACUUGUGAAUAUGUAAUGGAUCAUGGUGCCUGUGUACCUAUAAGGGUUCAUACUGUAGUAGUGUCAUUGCAACAUAGUGAAAAAAUUUGUUUGGAAGAUUUACGUAAAGUAGUUAUGGAAAAAAUUAUCAAAGAAGUAAUUCCAGCAAGGUAUUUAGAUGAUAAAACAAUCUUCCAUGUUAAUCCUUGUGGAUUAUUUAUUAUUGGUGGUCCACAGAGCGAUGCGGGUCUUACUGGUCGGAAAAUUAUAGUUGAUACAUAUGGUGGUUGGGGAGCUCAUGGAGGAGGAGCAUUUUCUGGCAAAGAUUUCACAAAAGUUGAUAGAUCUGCUGCUUAUGCAGCAAGAUGGGUUGCUAAAUCUUUGGUGAAAGCUGGUCUUUGCAGACGAUGCCUUGUACAAGUUUCUUAUGCUAUUGGAGUAGCAGAACCUCUUUCAAUCACAGUUUUUGAUUAUGGUACUUCUAAAUUAUCUCAAAACGAACUUUUAGAUAUAGUUAAUAAAAAUUUUGAUUUACGACCUGGGAAAAUCGUUAAAGAGUUGAAUCUUCGUAAUCCAAUUUAUCAACAAACUAGCACAUAUGGACAUUUCGGUCGAGAAGGAUUCACUUGGGAACAGCCAAAAACUCUAAUUCUCGAUUGAUGAGAAUAUAGAUAAAUCAGUUUGACGUUUCUUAUUAUAAAACGUCGUUCUCAAUAAUCAUAUAUCUCGUAAACGUUCUUCGAGAUUUUCCGACCUCCGCGCUACUUCGCCAAGUCCAUCAAUUCCUUUUGCCAAUUUAGUACUAGCAAGAAGAAUGACAUAUUAGGUUUUUCCACAUCAUGAGAUACUUGGUAUUAUGUGGUAUUAUAGUACAAAUUUUGUUUAUCCAGUAUGCAGACAAGAGCAGUCAAUUUUUCUCUACUAUUUGAAAACUGAAUUGAAGUUUAUCGAUUAUUAGAUAUAAUGAAACUAUUGACAAUGAGGAAAAAUAAACUAAACUAAACCUGUUAUGAGUAUCUUAUCCUACAUAUGUAUUCGUAACAGUAAAGUAGUUUAUUCAGUGAUGCAAUUCAUUACUGUGGCUUGUAAGUGGUGUGUGUUGGAAGUAAAAAAUGAUAAAAGAACAAUAAUACUUAAAAUGAAAAACAAUCUAUAUUUCAAAAAUGUAUAAAUUGGCAACAUCGGGCCGUGCCUCAAAGCAAAUAUUUGAGAUGAAAACGUUCUCUCAAAUUUUUAACAGUGUUUUAGUACUUUAUAUGAACGUACAUGAAAGUUUGACCAACUUCCUUUUAGAGAAUAUUAAUGUAAUAUUUUAAUAACUUGUGUUUUUACAUAUUCUAGCAAAUUCAAUAAUUAAUAAUAAUGGUGCUUUCAUGUAUGUUUCUUCAUUAGAAUUAUUUAUCGUUCGAGUGCAAAUAUAAACUGGUAACGACUAUGUACAUUAAUUUUAGCAAAGUGGGAAAAUGAAUUAAUUAAAGCGACCAAUUAUAAACGAACUUACUUUUUGCAUAGUUAAACAUUUGUGACAUAUGCAGUAUAAUGUUGACGAGGAGUUAAUAAUAUCGCAUUUAUUUAAAUCUGAUUGUUAAUUAAAACAUAACAAAUUUUUUAAUUAUAUUUAAAUUUAAGUAAUGGCGAUACUACUAACUCUCAUAUAUUUAUAUACAUAUAUAUAUAUAUUUUUUUCCCUCUUUGCUUUGUUUAAUUAGAUAAUUUUAAUAGACAUUUUCGAUCUUGUAAUGUAUAGCAAAUAAUACAAAAUCGAAUGUUAGACCUUAUUUUAUGGAGGUCUAAUACAGAUCGUGUGGCGGAGCUCGAAAAUUAUACGAUUUUUCCAAUUUAGAGUGCGAAGAUCUGUGACGUUAUCGUAUUUUGAACAACAGAAGUGUAAAUGUGAAAAUUUAGUAAAUUCGUUCCGUUAGAUUGAUGUACCGAUCUAUCGUGUAAUGGUAUUGGCAGUGUAAAGAUGCACAAGAUUAUAUGCAAAUCAUAAUAAAAAAAGAUUUUUUAAUAAAAUAUUAAAUUGUCACUGA